AUGACAGCUCCGAGUGAGUUGUCCGGCGAGGCACUCGUGUUUUAUGUGAUGCGCACGAACGGCAAUCCGGUGCGGCUUUUUGGCGCAGACGGUGUGACGGCAGAGUCGGCUUUGAAGCGGGUGUACAAGGCGCUGGCGCUGCGUCUUCACCCUGACAAGAACGGACACCCCCGUGCACAUGAGGCUUUUCAGCUCCUGCAGCAAAGCUUCGAGGCCACGCUGGAGUCGCUCCAAUCAAAGGCACCAGAAGAGAAAAAAACGCGACCAAAUUUCCCACCACCGUGCCCUUCUUCUUCUCCACCGCCACCGCCACCGCCACCGCCACCGCCAUCUUUUGCUUUUGCCAAGUCUACACUCCCUGGAGUUCGUAAGGAAGAACAAAAACAACGGCAACAUGCCUUUGCAGGAAAUAGUUUGUUUGAGAUACCGUUACCCCCUGAUGUUUUUGGCGCAUUUGCGGCGCCGGAUAGCUCUGAGCCUCCCGUUGCGUCGGUGUCGACGGGUUGCCCCGGGACGAAGCCGCCGGCAAAAAGAACGAGGCCACUCCCUGCUCUGGAUCUUUCUAGUGACGAUGAGGAACACGUGGACGAGGCCGGAGGUCUUCAGGCAUCACGGCGAGAUGAUGAACAGGAGCAUGCAAGCCAAAAGCGAAACGCUGAACGGAAGGCGGUGCAGAAGGAAAAACGGAGUACGGGCCGGCGAACUCUAAUGCAGCUUUUUGCAGAGUUCAAUAUCUCAGACGACGAGGAGGAGAUGGCGCCUGUUAACCACCCGACAGGAAAAGAGACAGGCCAUCAUUGGGAACCAACUUCAUGCCACGAGACAAAUCGGCGGCAGCAAUCUGGCGCUGGGAAACCCGCUACCACUCUGGCAUCCUCGAGUGUAGCUUGCCCUUGCUGUGGUGCAGGCGAGUUCUCUGCUCAUAUUAUGCGGGGUGUGGUGUGCCAGUCCUGUCGCGCACAGUUUGUGCCGGCCGCUAUAGGUAUGAUGGCUGCUGAGCGUCAUGCAGCGGGGCGUAAGAAGGACCGCGCAUCACGCGGCGAGUUGUGUGCUUGUGGGAAGGCGAAAAAAGGGUUAUGCUUUCUCUGUGACUGA